AUGGAUAAGGUCGAAAAUCAUCCAAUCAUUGUCGAGGGCCGCACUGUGGGGAGGGCGAUCAUCGUCCACAACCGCAGUCAAGCGAUCAAGGCGGCGGAAGACGCUGCGUCUCACAUUUCUACCCCCGACAACAUCCAAAUCUGCGCCUUCACCGACGGCAGCCACAGCAGGGAUAACCGAGGCGGCGUUGGAUUGGUGUACAGGUGGCAAUGGCUGCCACGAGAGUGGGCUGCCGAGUCCGCGGCCGCAGAUCCGUGCGGGGACUUCGUGGAGCAAGCCUGGCCGUUUGGCCAUGCGGUUGGGAUACUGGUGAUGGAGGGCGUGGGAGUCUUGGAGGCCCUUCACGCAGCGAAUGAAGAGCUCAAGCGACAUCUUCCUGUCCUAAAGACGUAUGCGAGCCCUAUCAACGUGAACCUAACGACGGACUGCCAGCCGAUUAUCGAACACAUUGUCAGAACAGCACCGGCGGCAGAGCGAUCAAGGAAGACAUUGCCUCUACAAUUGAUCAAACAAAUAAGAGAUCUGUUUCUUGCGCUGCAAAAUCAUGGGCUCGAGGUGACCGUGGAGCUUCGUUGGUGCCCGCGAAACAUGGUGCCACAACUCACGACGGCCGACGAGCUGGCAGGUGAAGCGAUGAGAAGUGGCCUAGGAUCCUGCAACAUCACACGGAUCUCCUGGUCCAAGGCUACCAAAUCAGUCAUCAUGAAGGAGCUGGUGCCGAUGCUGUCGGGAGCCGUCAGAUUCACUCGCGUCACUGCAAUCCACAGGAUGCCCAGAGCGGGAUCGAAGGACAAAACAGGAAAGAAAAUGAAGAGAGUGAGACGGAGGGAGAAGAGGGCCAAGCGAGCCGCGAAUGCCAGCACUCAACCCACGACUACUGCCGAGACACACCCUCAAUUACCGUUGCCAGACCUCCCAUUGCCAUUGAAGCCAGUAAUCACCAACACUGAAUCAACCACAGCUUCAAGGAAGCCAAUGCCCGCGCCCCAGGUGGAAUCAGAUUUUCACAAGAAGCUAGCCGCCUCCGGGGCAGGAAAGCGAGGAGCAGAAGGAGAGGAGCAGAAUAACAGCGAAGAAAAGCCCACCAAGAAGGCGAAAGCGUCCCCAGUAAGAGAGACUAAGACCGACACUACUGAGAGGACUGCCUCCUCAGAGCCACCUCCAAAACAAUACAUCCCUCAGAUGCCGACUGCCUGGACACUUGACCCCGCGACCAUAACGAUCACCAGCGGCCCUGGACAGGAGGUUGUCACCAUCAGCGCCAUUUGGGCUGCUCCCAACAUUCGGAAGGAGACUGCUUCUACCAUGGAAACGGGCGAGAAACUAGUAUUCAUCAACGACGGGGUCAGCGGUUUCUCUGUGGUUAUGCCGAUUCCACGGAAGUCCACUGGGUGGUGA